CCACUGGUACUUUAUUAGGCAUAACAAUAGGAGUCCAAUCCAGCUUAGUAAUCCUUCAAACUCUAACCAUGGAUCGUCACAUUGGGCCACAUUUCAAAAUCCCCGCUGGGUCCAUCCUAGUCAUUUCAUUCAUCUCCUCCUGCAUCUCUCUCACCGUCAUCGACUGAUUCCUUACCCCACGUGGCAAAAGCUAAUCUUCGACACCACUCCAACGUAUUGGGCUUCGCCACGUGCUAAAUGUACUUAGCAUGGCUGUGUCAGCCCUAGUGGAGUCCAAGCCGCUUGAUAUAGCUCGGGCCCACCAAGUCCAAGACCAGCCCGGUUCCACGGUGCCAAUGUUGGCCUUGAGGCUCCUUCCACAGCUAGUCAUUGUUGGUAUCAGCGAAGCAUUUCAUUUUCCGGGACAAGUUGCAUUGUACUAUCAUGAAUUUCCGGUGUCGUUAAGAAGCAUGGCAACUGCAAUGAUCGCGAUGAUUAUGGGGAUAGGUUAUUAUUUAAGCACGGCCGUGAUUGAUUUGUGUAGGAGGGUAACUGGAUGGUUACUGGAUAAUGUAACUAAUGGGAGACUAGAUAACGUAUAUUGGAUGUUGACUGUAGUUGGGGUAUUAAACUUUGGUUAUCAUUUAGUAUGUGCUAGGUUGUACAAGUAUAGAAAUGUUGAGAAGAUUGAGGAUGAUAAUUCUAGCUAUUACAAGUGAUGUUGUUGAUAGCAAAAAAUGAAAGGGCUUUGAUGUAUCUACCUACUGUUCCUCAAUAUAUAUUUGUUUAUCUAAUUAAAUAACAAAAA